AGAGGCCCUUAGGCGGAGACAGCAAAAUCAUGCGGCUGCCUAUUAAAAGCGCAUUUUAUAAUCUGGUGUAUUGACCUGAGCAUUGUCAGCUCUACAUGACCUGCACUGUUUACUUUGUUAUCAACAGCCAGGUGAGUUUAGAAUCCUUUUACAUCUUAUCUGUCAUAUGUGCAACUGUUUGUCUGCUUGCUGUCUGCUUGUAGGCAAGGAGGUUAAAGUUAAGGUUAAUGGGUGUUACACAUAUUUGGCAACAACUAUAGUUGUCACUCUUUGUUGUUAGCAGAUCAUGAUCAGAUUAUGAUGAUUCCAUAUAGGAAUACAUAGCAAUACAAAUUGCUCCUGAAUCACAGAUUUCCUACAUAAAUGUAUCUAGAUCUGUCUUUGUAUAAGUUUAAAUAUGUGGCAUGUAGUCCUCUCUUAAUAAUUUGUUGGUUUUAGACUGCUGUAUUAUGCAUGUGAUCUUUUUGGGGGGAGGGGCAGUAUCAUCAUAUCAACAACAUUUUCCAGAUCAGCCAGGACUCUAAGGCAAUUGCAAAAGGAAGUGAUUUGCUGUGGAAAGUAUGCACAGCAUUAGAGGACUUAAGUAGUAGCAGGGAAAAGUUGAGUUACGCUUUGUUGACCUGAAAAAAUGGCCAUAUGACAUGGUCCCUUUAUACAGUUCAUCAUAAAGAACCGGUAAAGCCAGUCGUGAAGACACACCACACAAAACGUAUAAAUACCUGGCAAGUAGGGUAAAAGCUUGGCUUACAUAACUUGUAUGUCUGUCCAGUGGGUCCAAGGCCUGAUUGAUUAUUAUCUCAUCUCUACCAAUGGUUUUCUUGGUCCUGGAUUAUGUCGUAUCUACCUGCUCUCCAAGCAGAGGUUAAGUCGUGGAGAUAUUAAUAGUAGUAGUCAGGAAUUUUCUGACUACAGAUACUUACUGUUACAGUAGUAGUCAGGAAUUUUCCGACUACAGUACUACUAUAUCUCCGCGACUUAUUAUAUGACUUCUGCUUGGAGAUUGAUUCGUUAUUAUCUUAUCUUCAUACAUUAGGGGGUAUCGAACAGUUCCCGAGUUUUCUAUUUAAGACAAGUUGAGGAGAAAGUUGUUGAUGAAAUGGCGAUGACCAAUGUGCUGACCGGAAAGUACCGCACCACUGGCACAACCCCUCUGGACCUCUCCUCCUGUAGUAAAGGAUGAAGAUGCCUUCUACAAGUGUCCUGACCGCCUGAGGCUGCCGUUGAUCUUCUACUACGCCCACACGGCCACCGUGUAUGUGAACAAGCUGAUGCUGGCAGGGCUCAUGACAGAGAGGGUCAACCUGGACUUUGAAACGAUGUUCGAGCUCGGAGUGGACGAAAUGUCCUGGGAUGACACGGAGAACUACCGUAUGGGAGGCAGGUUCCAGUGGCCCCCAUUGGCAGAGGCAGUGGAGUUUCGCCGCCUGGUCCGCAAUCGCAUCCGUCAGCUGAUCGAGGACACGCCCCUCCAGCUGCCAAUCACCCAGGACAACCCAUGGUGGGCGGUGAUGAUGGGUGUUGAGCAUGAGAAAAUCCACAUCGAGACGUCCUCCGUGCUGAUCAGGCAGAUGCCCAUCACCAUGGUAACCACCCCGCCCAAGUGGAAGUACGCUCCAGCAAGCACAGGUACUGCAAUUCAAGAGAACCCCCUUGUUCAAGUGGAGGGGGGUGAGGUGACUUUUGGCAAACCAGAGGACUUUCCCUCUUACGGUUGGUGUAUGGAGUAUGGACAGCAAACAUUCAAAGUUCCAACAUUUGAGGCAUCCAAGUUCAAGGUGACCAACCGUGAGUUUCUGCAGUUUGUGAAGGCAGGAGGGUACGAGAACUCCUCCUAUUGGACAAAGGAAGGCUGGAACUGGCAAUGUUUUCGUCAAAUGCGGCAUCCAAUAUUCUGGGUUUGCACCAAAGGAUGUAAGUCUAGCUGCGGUGCUGUCCUUUCUUCCUAUUCCCACUGCCUGCCAGAGCACUUCUCCACUACCUACACUGACCCAGAAAUCAGGCAGCAUCUUGAGAACAACAAUGGUCCACAAAAUGGGGACCUAAAUGGAAAUGGCUGUGAACAUGAUUUCAGGCUGCGAGUGAUAUUUGAUGUAAUGGAGAUGCCCUGGGACUGGCCGGUGGUGGUGAACUACCACGAAGCUCGCGCCUUCUGCGCCUGGAAAGGUCCGGAGUUCCGCAUGCUGACGGAGGCAGAGUUCAACAUGAUCCAGGGCGGGGCACUGGGCGACCCCAGCAAGGGCGUGACCUCUGACCCUGUGUUCCACAAGGAUCCCCAGGCCAACUUUAGGCUGACCUUUGGGUCAUCAUCGCCAGUCGACCUCUAUCGACCAAAUGACCUUGGCUUCCACGACGUGUUUGGGAACGUCUGGGAGUGGGUGGAAGAUCACUUCAACUGCCUGCCUGGCUACAGACAGCACCAUCUGUAUGACGAUUACGCUUUCCCCUUCUGUGAUGGCCGCCAUGGCCUCAUGUUGGGUGGUUCCUGGGCCUCUAAUGGCACUUACAACUCCCGCUUUUCUCGCUCGUUCUUCCGCCGCCACUUCUACCAACACGCUGGCUUCCGUGUGGCACGGACUCUGCCCGGUGCGGGGAAGUCACCCGUAGUCAUGGUCAACACGGAUGUGUACAUUUUAGGAGCGGGAGUGGAAGAGAAAGACCUGACUGUGCCAGAAACAGUGGGUCUGGAGGUCGUCCCGAUGGCAAGCACCAACAGACAGUUCCACCAGGAAACAGAAGAGGCUCUGGCGGCCAUGUUGGCCCUGCAGUACGGGGAUGGGGGCCAGAACUACUCCAAGGCGCUGGCAGAUUUCUGUGUGGAGAAAGCAAACCAUUACGGCUGUCCACUCCAGAAGAUUGUACAGCUGGGAUGUGGGACAGGAGGAGUGACGUACCAGCUGGCCAAAACUUACAAGGAGGUGAUUGGCCUUGACUACUGUGGUCAAUUCCUGGAGGCAGCCAUUGCGCUGCAGAAGACUGGAGAGUUCCACUUGUCAAAACCCGGAGUCACAGACAGUGAGACGGAGAAGAAAUCAAUGACAGACGAUAUCAUCACUGUCAGCAUUCCAGCAGAUGUGCAGAGGGACAAGCUGACCUUCAAACAGAUGACCUGGGUGCCCAACGAGAUCCCGAAAUCUGACCUGGUCCUGCUGGACUUCCUGGACAGGGUCAACAAUCCUAAAGCCUGGUGGCUGCGACUGUGGGAGAUCGUCACUGAAAACGGGAUCGUCAUGGUGAUCUCUCAAAAGAUUGGGAAAGAGGAACUCUCAUCUGACUUGAACAACAAGUUGGAUCUGCUUGAGGAACUGGAGCUUCAAUUCAAAGAUGGGCAGGGCCAGACCAAGGUUACUAUGGCAACCAUCUGGAAGCUCCGGAUGUAACUAUGGCAACAAGAUGCUUGCAGAAAGUGCAACCUUGUCACAAGUUCUUUAUAAUUGUAUUUUUCAUGGGAGAGUUACCAUUUUGUAAAGGGAGCCAGGUGAAAGGAUUUCAGUAGCUUGAAAAUUGAAAGCUAUAUUUGAUUUAAUUAUUUAUCAAGAUUCUCCAAGUACAAUGGGAGGUAUGGCGGAACAGGUGUGUUUUGGUGCUAUAAUCAUCACAAGUAUUAUUGAAGAAACGUUAGAUCUGUGUCUUUUCCUGGGAAAUUAUUUUGGACUGGAUUCUGUUACUUCUUAGAUGAAGGGAAAGCUAAGUGUCGAGAUAGCUUUGAAAAUAUGCUAUAUUCAGCCUACUAGUACUAGUAAUUUACCAGACUUUUGGCCCUACAUGUCUUAGAACAGUCAACUAAAGAACCUACUGUACACUGUAUAACUGAUUUAUCGCUGAUGGUCGAUUACACCUCAGAGUCAAGUACAAAAGCACAUGACAGAAUGGGAACCUAAAACCCCAUACAAGCCCAUCUCAUCUUUUGCCUGUCACAAAAUGGGAAUAAGCAAAGCUUGGUAAGCGAGAUACAGGGCUUUUCAGAACAGGCAGUAGAAAAGGGGGGGUGG